CCUCGUAUAUCUAUAUAUAUAUAAACUCUCCUUGUUCUUCUGUUCUUCUCGCCGACAUGUUUUGUCAGUACAGCUUAUAUCUGAAGGAAGCUCGCACUGCGUACUUCUUAGUGAUUUGUUCCGCCUCCGUUUUCAUUUGAUGAUCUGUCGUCCGUCCACCCUUUUCCUCGUUUUCUUCGUUUCCAUUGCUUGAUUUCGAUUCCCCAUCUGGGGUUUCUUGUAGGUGUUUGUCGGCGUACGUAUGUGUCAAUUUCUUGACAAUCGAUCAAACAUGCUGUAUCUGAAUUCAGACCUGUCUGAUAAGGAUGUUGAGCCGUUCGUCGAGGUUUCUCCGACGGGACGGUACGGUAUGUACGGUGACAUGCUUGGCGCCGGAGCGGUGAAGAGGGUGUAUCGAGCUUUUGAUCAAGAAGAGGGUAGAGAGGUUGCUUGGAAUCAGGUUUCCUUGAAAAGAUUUCUGGAUGACGAGGCAAUGAUGGAUAGAUUGUACUCGGAGGUUGGGUUGUUGAGAAAUUUGGAGAACGAAAACAUCAUCACCUCGUUCGGAUCGUGGACGGAUCAUGAGCACAAGACGUUGAACUUCAUCACUGAAGUUUGCACCUCCGGGACUCUGAGGGAGUAUAGGAGGAAGCACCAGCACGUGUCAAUCAAGGCCAUGAAGAAUUGGCUGAGACAGAUAUUGAGGGGUUUAGAGUACCUUCAUUCGCAUGAGCCUUGCAUAAUUCAUAGGGAUCUUAACUGUAGUAACGUGUUUAUCAAUGGCAAUCUUGGCAAGGUUAAGAUCGGAGAUUUUGGGUUGGCGGAAAAGGUGGGGAAGAACCACGUGGCACAUUCGAUUGUGGGGACGCCGGAGUUCAUGGCGCCGGAGCUGUACGACGAGAACUACACGGAGACGGUGGAUAUUUAUGCGUUUGGGAUGUGUGUGCUUGAGCUGGUGACACUGGAAAUACCAUACAGUGAAUGUGGUUGUGUGGCCAAGAUAUACAAGAAGGUGUCCUCUGGGGCGAAGCCCCGGGCACUGAACAAGGUGAAAGAUUUGGAGGUGAAAGGAUUCAUUGAGAAGUGCAUUGCGCCGCCGUCUGAGAGAUCGUCUGCCUCUCAACUUCUCAAGGAUCCCUUCUUUGAUGGACUUGAUGAUGAAGACAAAUAUGAUACUGGUUUAGAUUGUUUUUUGCUUUCAGAAAUAUGUAGGCAAACUUGCUAGCUAGCUGUUCAA